GGCGGUUACCAUGGCAACAACAGUCGACACAAACAAUCCCGUCUGUUGCCUUCCUGUGUUGUAACCCCCACCGCCAAGGACAGACCUCUACAUUGGUCUGGCUUUUUCAAAACGACCCGCGGUGGUCGUCGGCGCGGGAGCAAACAUGGACAAGUACGAGCAGGUGACGUGUUUGGGUCGCGGAGGAGCAGCGGACGUGUUCCUGAUGCGGCACGUGGAGCGGAAGAGCCUGCACGCGGUGAAGAGAGUGAAGGUGAAGGGCGCGAGGACAGCGAUCUCCUCACAGAGGGCAGUGCUUCUGCACGAGGCUGAGAUCAUCAGGAGGCUGGAGCACCGUCACAUAGUGACAUGCAGCGAUGCGUUUGUCAGCCCGGAAGACGGAUUCAUUUACAUCGUGAUGACCUACUGUGAUGGUGGCACGCUAGAUGACAAGGUCAAACAGAGGGAAACAGGGGAGUUUUUCUCAGAGGACACUGUGAUGGGCUGGUUCGUGCAGGUGGCCAUGGCUUUAAAUUACAUACACACACUUAAAAUACUACACAGGGACAUCAAAACCUCAAAUGUGCUGCUAACGAAGCAAGGCGAGGUCAAACUGGGGGACUUUGGGAUUUCCAGAGUACUGAGCAACACGACUGACAUGGCAUCCACGUGUGUUGGGACACCCAGCUACCUGAGUCCUGAGCUUUGUCAGGAUCUCCCCUACAGCUCCAAGUCUGAUAUGUGGGCCCUCGGCUGUCUGCUUUAUGAGAUCUGUGCCCUAAGGCCUCCGUUCACGGCCUCAAACCUCCUGAGUCUGUUACACAAGAUCACCAGAGGAGAGUACGAGCCCGUGCCUAACGUGUACUCAGACGAAAUCAACUCCUCCAUCAAAAUGAUGCUCUGCCUCAACCCAGAAAACAGGCCCAGUGCUGCCUGUAUACUAAGCAGUCCCUACAUGCAGGCUCACAUAGAGAGUGUCACUGUCAGUGCUCCUGUGAUUCAGCCUGAGGGAAACAUCUGUGACUUCAGUGUAGAAGGAAACUCCUCACACAACCUCAGCCCGUCCCACUCAGUGAAGGGCAGUGUCAGUGACGAGGAGAAGGAUCGUGGUGCUUUGUGUCGUGGAGGACAAACCCACUGUGACGCCGUGUGCCACUAUCCCGAGGACUUUGACGAGGACGAGAGUUUGUCCUCUUCAGAAGACAGCAGUGGACACUCAGGCUCUCCCAGGAGAAGCAGUUCUCAGUCCACUGCAUCUCCCGAUGUUCCUGAACAAGUUGACUACCCUGAUGACUUUGAGGAAGCUGAGGAGAAGGAAGAUGAUGAGGAUGAAGCAGACUUUGUCCACGAUGAAGGAGUGGAUGAGUUUCAGCUCUGUGAUGCUGGAGGAGUGACAGUGACACUGAAAGGCCUGAAAGCACCUUUCCAACCUUAGGAGCUCGACAUCACUGUUGGACCACGGUCAGACAUGAGGAGACUGAAGGAGAUAAAACAGUGAACUGUGAAGUGCAAGUGCUUAUGUGCAUUUUAACUGCUCAGUGAUGGAGAGAUAAACACAAAUGUCACUUUAUAGAUUGGAAUCACUAUUUCAUAUAAAAUAUUACUGUGUGACUACCAGGGGACUUGUCUUAUCUAUUAUAUAUCAGUGUAAUAUAUAUAUAUAACUAUAUAUAUAUUUUUUUUUUGUCUAAUCUUAUGCAUUCGGAAUGAAUCAUUUCUAUGAUUUUAUCUUUGGAUGAAAAGCAGAAAGAAGCAAAAACAUGCCUGUGGUUAUGUCCUCAAAGGAAAUAUGUGGUAUUUGCAGCUUGCCACAAAGAUAAGGAAUGCGUUAUUAUUUAAAUUCUCCCCUGACAAGUCUAACACAGAUGAUGACUAUAUCUAUCUAUCUAUCUAUCUAUAUAUAUAUAUAUAUACAUCAUAUGCCACGCAAAUGCAAACGUAAAAAAACAAACUAAUGAUAUGAGCGUGUGAGUGUAGCAGAUUUUAUCUGUGCAGUAACUUUAACACACUGUUCCAGUCUCAUUUCAGUAUCAGUAAAUAACGUUUUCUACACUGUCUGAAUAUUUCCUACUUUUCUAUAAUUACUUCACAUACUGCACAAACCAACGAGAGACACUUUGAGAAUCACUCAUCUUUGCUUUUACUCUUUUACUCUUUUUUACUUUUUUACUCACGCUUAAUGAACAAAAUGAUGUUGGCUUCAUAUGCUACAUUUUUCUGUCUGUUUUAUUGUUUGGACGUUGCAAACAUCCUCUGUCAUUGUAAUUUACCGUAUACUAAGAAACUUAAAGUUGGCAGAAUAAUUAUUUUUUGGCUUCUCCGUUUAGGGGUCGCCACAGCGGAUCAUCUGCCUCCGUCCUGCCCACUCGCUUAUGUCCUCUUUGGCUCACCAACUGUCCUCAUGUCCUCUGAACCUUCCCUGUGGUUUUCAUCUUUUCCUCCUGCCCUGCAGCUCCAUCUUCAACCUCCUUUGUCCACUAUAAUCACUUUCCCAAUUCAGCGUGUGCAUCUCAACCUGGACUCUUUUACUUUGUCUCCAAACCGUUCAACCUGAGCAAGAGAACAAUCGACGUUACAUACCUUUAGUUCAUUAUUUGUGAGGCAAAUGUUUGUAAUUCUUGCCACAAACAUACACACAACACCUGAGUUAUCAGAAUGAAUGAGGUCUGAAUUUUUCUCCUUCUCACACGAGAGAUGACAGGAGAAACAUUUAUUAAAUGUUUUAUGAUUGCAGACCUAUGUUUAGUGAGUGAUUCUCCUUAUCUCUGUGCCCCCCCCACUCCACCCACUACACAGUAUCUAUAAUAACUGAUAACUAAGAGAAAGUGACUCAUCUAAGGGUAAAAUACAAGACUGAAACUUCAA